UUUCUUUUUUCUUUUGCCACUUCUUCCACGUUCAACACUUGAAUUUUCUCUCUCAAAACGGUCCAAGGAAAUGGAAGAAAUGGUCGCCAAUGUGUGCCCGUCAACGGUCUCUCUCUCUCUAAUUUCACCAUCGAAAACCCUAAAACCUUAAGAAAAGAAGGCAUUGAUCAUCAAUUGUUUCGUCUUCCGUUGUAUCAUAAGAGAGAAACUGAGAGAGAGAGAGAGAGAGAGAGAGAGAGAGAGAGAGAGAGUUACGACGCAGUAUGGUGGUGAUGAUGAUGGAUUCGGUACUUGAUUUUUUAGUACCGUCAUGGUGGGAGAUCAAAGUGACGGUAGCUGCUGCGGUUUUUGUUAUGAGUUCGUAUUGGUUCUUUUCAUGGAGCGGAGGAGCCGGUGGCGGAGAUAUUGAUGGUGGUGGCACUGAUCGAUCGCAGAUGUUAGAGAAUUCCGGUAAUUCUGGAGAUGGAAUUGAUGAUAAAUUCAAGAUGGGCCAGUUGAAAGGAGAUCCCCAAGGCAAUUCUGCAUAUAUUAUCAAGUUGGAAUUGUUAGCAGCUAAGAAUCUGAUUGGUGCAAAUUUAAAUGGAACUUCAGAUCCUUAUGCUAUCAUUACUUGUGGUUCAGAAAAGCGGUUCAGUUCAAUGGUCCCUGGUUCAAGAAAUCCCAUGUGGGGAGAGGAGUUUAAUUUUUCAGUUGAUGAGCUUCCUGUCCAGAUUCAAGUAACAAUAUAUGAUUGGGAUAUAAUUUGGAAAAGUACUGUUCUGGGCUCUGUAACUGUUCCUGUUGAAAGUGAAGGUCAAACUGGUGCAGUGUGGUACACUCUAGAUAGCCCAUCUGGGCAGGUUUGCCUCCAUAUUAAAACAAUAAAGCUCUCUGUAAAUUCUUCCAGGGCUAUGAAUGGAUAUGCUGGAGCUAGUGCUCGCAGAAGAAUUUCUUUAGAUACACAGGGCCCUACAGUGGUUCAUCAGAAACCUGGGCCUCUGCAGACAAUAUUUAACCUCCCUGCUGAUGAGAUUGUCGAACACAGUUAUUCAUGUGCACUUGAGAGGUCAUUCUUGUAUCAUGGCCGCAUGUAUGUCUCUGCAUGGCACAUAUGCUUUCAUUCUAAUGUGUUCUCUAAGCAAAUGAAGGUGAUUAUACCUUUGGGAGAUAUUGAUGAGAUACGUAGAAGUCAACAUGCAUUCAUUAAUCCUGCCAUAACAAUUAUUCUUCGGAUGGGUGCUGGUGGGCAUGGUGUGCCUCCGUUAGGAAGUCCUGAUGGUAGGGUCAGGUAUAAAUUUGCAUCCUUUUGGAACAGGAAUCAUGCCUUAAGAGCACUACAGCGUGCAGCAAAGACUUACCAUGAUAUGUUAGAAGUUCAGAAGAAGGAGAGAGCAGAAUCAGCAUUGCGUGCUCAUAGUAGCUCUAUUAGAGGUGGUAUCAAGAUUCCUGAUGAUAUUGUGCCCAAAGUUGAAAAGCAUCAACCUUUUAUCAAAGAAGAGGUUCUUGUUGGUAUACACAAUGAUGCAUUUCCUUGUACAGCUGAGCAGUUUUUUAAUUUAUUGUUAAAUGAUGGUUCUAAGUUUACAAAUGAGUACCGUGCAGUUAGAAAGGAUACAAAUCUCAUUAUGGGACAGUGGCAUGCUGCUGAUGAAUAUGAUGGUCAAGUGAGAGAGAUAACAUUCAGAUCUCUAUGUCAUAGUCCCAUGUGUCCACCAGACACAGCAAUGACCGAAUAUCAGCAUGCUGUUUUCUCACCAGAUAGGAAAAUACUUGUGUUUGAAACAGUGCAAAAUGCUCAUGAUGUUCCGUUUGGGUCUUAUUUUGAGGUUCAUUGUCGCUGGAGAGUGGAAACAACUGGUGAAAAUUCCUCAAUAGUAGACAUAAAAGUGGGUUUAUAAUCCGGCAAAGAAAAGAUACUGCAGAAUUGAUUCAUCCUCCAAUAUGCAGAUUCGGUAUUUCUGGUGUGUAAAUUCGGUGUCAUUUUUUGUCUCCCAAACAUGUCAACUUUCGAUUGCUGAAAUCAUUUGGCUAAUUGUUUUGCUAGUGAUCAUUUCUAUUUUGCUUGUUGGCUUGGAAUUUGCUGAUCAUUUAGCUUUUAAAGAUUUCUUUUUAAAUGUCCAUGGGUUUUGUUCACUAUAAGAAUCUGAUAGGUGCAUCUGUAUCAACCAUAUAUUGACAUGGCAGCAACCUAUGAAAUAUUUAUUCACUUUGAAUUUGCACACCCGCAUGUAUAGAAUGUUAGAUACUAGCCUAUGUUGACUUGCUUGAAUUUCUAAUAUGCCAAGGUGCAGUCUGACAAGAAGCCAGAGCUAGCGCUGUUUUUAUCUACAUGGGAGCUCUCUUAUAAAUUGUUUUUUGGUUUGAACAUGUUUACGUUUGUAUGAGGUUUAGGUAAACUUUUGAAGUCUUAAUCAGAAGUGUCACAAGAAGCCAUAGAUAAGCAAUUGUUCCCUAACUGUAUCCAAGAGGUUUAGCAUUAGUUAAUUUGUAAUGUAUAUAUAGAGUGACGCAAGUGUGGUUCUUGUAAUGCUUUUGCUCUCAUCUUUCAUUGUUACCGGUCUGAAUCUAUAUUUUUUCCUUCAAUAGAUUGGUCGAUAUCUUAACCUCACAAUUAUUGCAGGUGCUCAUUUUAAAAAAUGGUGUGUCAUGCAAUCCAAAAUUAAGGCAGGGGCAAUUAAUGAG